GUGGUUCUAGAGGGCUCAACUCUAAUACACGUUCUGCAAACUAAAGUUCACAACAUGCUCUACUUCAUUGUUCCAGGUCAUAACCAGCCGGAGAUGGUGCGUGUCCGAGCGUAUAUAUAUACAGAUGAUGCUGUGAUGUGUGUGGGUGUGUCUCAUCUGACAUACGUGGAGGAUGAUGCGCAGGAGCUGGCUGAAUACCUGGUUACCCAUAGCGACUGUCUCAGCGCCACUGAGCACAGACAUCUGAUUGGUCGAUAUGGUUUGAAUGACAGCUCUGCAAGGGUAGAUAUGGAUCAAAGAGUCACACUUGCCCUAGCCAACCUACACACCCCUCACAAUCUUCUCGGACAGCCAUCACAAGAAUCUCUCCUGCAUGUGUGUGUGCGUCUGGGCUUUGUGAGCGUCUCUGAGUUCCUUCUCUGUCAACCUGGCGCCCUGAUGACUAUCCACUCAGCCAAUCAGGAUGGGGACACGCCCCUUCAGCUGGCCCAACAGACCAAUCAGCACAUGCUGAUAAAACUCUUCAAGCAGCCUCCUAACCCAUUAGCCACGCCCCUGGCAGGCGUGUCCCAAGUGUGGGCGGGUAAAUCCCACCUCCUCAGGUUUAGCCACGCCUCUGGGAUGCUGUCUCUCUCUGUGUGUGUAUCCAAGUCCUGUACUACUACACAAACCUUACAGUCAUCCAUAUUACUGCUGCAAGAGUGUAUGAAGGACUCUGCUCUGCUAAACAAGAUCAAAGCUCUGAGAGUGGAUACAGAGAGAAGAGCUGAAAGCAACACUCUGUUUUCAUUCUCAGGAUCACCAUACUCUCUGCUUCACAAUGUGUGGUUUAACAAUUCCAGUCACGAUGAAGAUGAGGAACUUUUAUCAUCUGACGACUCAGAUGGACUCACAACUCAUACUGAUUCAACAACCAGUUCUCUCACUGACUCCAGUGCUACUGUAACAAACAGCAUCAACACUCUGCAGGCUGGUGAGGAUCAGGAAUCUUUUGACUCUUUUGAGUUUGAAUCAGACUCUACGUCAUCUGAGCAAAACUCUCCUGUCCCAGACAGAUUACCCAUCUGUAGUCCACAGGACGGUGUGUUCGACUCUUUUUUCCCCUGUGUGUAUCUGCAUUAGUGUAUUCAAGACAGAUUGAGAUGUGUACAAAAUAAAGCAUGCUAGUUUUGCAAGGAUGUUUUGUUUUUUUAUGAUUCUAGAGCUGUUUCCCUGCAGUGAUGAAGAAUCAUCCGCAGAGAUCAGACGUAUGUGUUGUAAUGAGUCAGAGGAAGAAGAGAAAGAGAAGUUCAUCCCUACAUCCAAAAGUGAGACAGAGAAAUAUAAAGUGAGACGAACACUAAGCUUUCUCAGAAGCCGGAUGGUGAACACCAAAAUAAAAAACAAGGUAAAUGCAGAGGUUUCCUCAGCUUUGCAUCAGCUCUGCUCACCACAGCCGCGUGUUGAAGCAGCUUGUAAUGUCAGUGAGGGAGCUGAUGGUGAUGAACCACAGCCGUGCACAUACUGCUCCAUGAUUAUGAAUGAUAAGACCUGCUGUGAUUCUGCACCUCUGUGUGUAAAGAAUCCUCAUCAGGCACUUCUACAAAGCACUGACUCUUCAAAAUUACUAUACUCGUCAAGUCAGAGUUCUCCAUCUUUGUCUCUGGUCAACGACAACAACAGCAUGUCACACAGAAAGCGGAGUAACAGUGAGGGGUGUGGCCAUGAUUUCACGCUACGGAAAAGCAAGUCUUUUAUUGUUUGUUCUUCUGGAAACCCAAACUCCAGUGAGUUCAGCCAGUCACGCCAAAC